GAGGAGGAGGAGCUCGCAUUGGUGCCCGUGCGACAGCUGGCGGAGCCCGCGGACCUGGCCGAGGACGGUGGCCGUGGCGGUGCGGCGGCCGCCCGCAAGCGGCCGAGCGCCGAGAGCUCGCGCCGCACGGACUUCGUGGGGCUGCGGGGCCUCUGCUUAGAGGAGGUGCCCCUCGAUGCCUUCGGGGACGGCGGCGCGGAGGCCCCGGGCCGCCCGAAGCGGCGCCGCAUGGCGCCCCUGGAGGCCUGGCGGAACGAGAAGGUCGACUACGAGCGGCUCCGGGGCUCCGCGCUGCCGACCGUGCGGGCCGUGCUCCUCAACAGCUGCCGGGCCGUCGGCGAGGGCCUGGGGCUUCUCGCGCUCGUGGACAG